CUCCGUUUAUAACCCCUCGCAUCGCAUCUCCCUCCACCUUCCCAAAUCCCAACCCUCGUUCCAUUCCAUCCCACCCCCCCGCCACUACCAUCCAAGGGCGCGCCGAGGCGCCAUGGACGACGACAUCGACAGCAGCUGCUCCACCCCAUUCGCCAGCGCGCCGUCCAGCCCCGGCAGGUCGCCUGCCACCGGCGGCGGCUACUUCUUCAGCGCGCCGGCCAGCCCCAUCCACCACCUGCUCCUCUCCUCCUCCUCGGUUGCCUCCGGUGUGGUGUCGGGGGCGGGGUAUGGCGGCGUGGGCGAUGCGGAGUUCGAGUUCGGCGGCCCCGGCGGGCCCAUGAUCUCCGCCGACGAGCUCUUCCACAACGGCCAGAUCCGGCCGCUCACCCUGCCCCCGCUCCCGGAUCUCGACCCCGGCAGCGACGACGACGACGGCGGCGGCGGCGACUUCCGCCCCGGGCCGGUGCGAGGCCGCGAGCUGACGCUGCGGAGCGGGUCCGUGCACCGCCGCACGCGGUCCAUGUCGCCGCUCCGCGGCGCGUCCCCGCGGCUCAAGCUGCUCAAUGCGCUCGUCCCCGCCCCGGAUCUUGGCUCCGAGCCAACUCCAUCGCACUCGGCUGGGUCGGAGGAGGCCACGCCACCGGUCACCGCCUCGUCACGCUCGUCCUCCUCCUCCUCGACGUCCUCGUCCUCGUCCUCCUCGUCGUCCGCCCGCGGGUCACGGCGGUGGGUGUUCCUCAAGGACAUGCUCCUCCACCGCAGCAAGAGCGAGCCAGGCGGAGCCCACGCGCACGACGCCCCCGCCAAGCCCGAGAAGGCGUGGCAGUUCUCGCCCUCGUGGGCAUCAUCGAGAGACAGGAUCGCCGCAAAGCUCCGCGCGGCGAGGUCACCACUACCACCACAGCCACAAUCGGAAGCGUCGUCGGACGCCGGCGGCGGCGAAGAGGCGCAGGCGACGCGGGGGCGCGCGAGGGGCGGCAAGGGCAGGCGGCGCUCGAGCACGGUCGCGGCGGCGCACGAGCGUCUCUACGCGGCGCGGAACCGGGCGCAGGCGGAGGAGAUGCGGCGGCGCACGUUCCUCCCCUACCGGCAGGGCCUCCUCGGCUGCCUCGGCUUCAGCUCCCGCGGUUACGGCGCGCUCCACGGCUUCACAAAAACCCUCAACCCCGUCUUCUCCCGGUAAAAACCAAAGGCAAACGCCUCAUCGGCCAAAAAAACUCCAAAAUAGAGAGCAAAUGGGAAGAGCUUAACCAAGUUCUUCGCUGUUGCCCGUUAAUUAAUUAAUAUUAUUAUUUCCUGUGUAAGCGAAGCUUGUACUACUUUGUUUUUUUUUCUUUUCCUUUUUCUGCCUUCGAUUUGUGCUUGGGUUUUGUAUAGGCAGGCAGCGUGAGAGGGAUAACAGGAUUCCUCCCUUCGUUCGGAGGCGUUGGUGGUAGUAGUAGUUGUCACAGGUCAGUCACAUCAACUGGAAACAUCAGCGGUUGGUAAAUGUGGCGCGAAGCAGAAUGCCUGGUGAUUUUUUUCCCCUUCCCCUACCCAUUCUUGUGUGCAUGGAACUAUCAUCUCAACCCUGUACUACUCGUAGUAAGUGGAGUAUAUACACGUUCUACUAAGUGUCAUCUUCA